CUCAGGAAGUUAUUUUAGAAAGAAAGAAUACAUGUAAGAAACAAGAUGUCUCAUGCUGGGAGACGAUACCAGGAUAAGCAAUACAGGCACCAUGAGAACCGUGGAUCUGAUAGAUACGAGGAAGACAGAAGAGCGAGAAAGCCAUAUCCAUACAAUGCAAGAUCAACAGAAGAGAUCCGGGGUGGCCAGCACUCAAGGACUUCCACUGUUUGCUUGGACCCUUACUCUAAAACCUCAGGAACAGCACGGGAAUAUUUUGACCCACCACCAGAAUGUUAUCCUCCCAAGGAAACCUUCUCAAUGAAGUGUUCAAAGGUAUGCACAACAAGAGGCAUUUUGAAGUUUGUGGAAAUCACGGUUAACCUCCUGGUGCUGAUUUGCGUGGGCGCUGCCCAAGCCUCUGUUGCAGGCUUUACGUCCCUCGGCGGCUUCGGCACCGGAUCCUUUAGCCUGAAUUCGGCUUAUAGCCCCUUUGAGGGCACGGAGCUCCGGGAGGUGAGGGAGCUAGACAUGCAGUUCACCCAGAUGAGAGCCCCGUGCGUGUAUGGCGGAGUAGCCUUCAGCUUAACAGCAGCAGUACUUACCCUUGUCUUCCUUGUCGUGGGGGCAAAACCCAUCCAGCAGCUCAGGAUAGGGCUGCUGGCAGGCGAAUGUGCCUUCAACCUGCUGGCCGGCGUGGCGUACAUUGCAGCAGUCGGCCUCUACCUGCAUUUCGUCAGCCAGGUGAACUCCACGGAAGUUUGCAAGAGGCGCGAGAGGCUGUAUGCGCGCCGUGGUUAUACCUCCAUGAACUGCGUGGUCCAGGGUGGCGACGCGGCCGUCAGCCUUUUUGGUGUCACUGGUGCCUGUUUGUACUUUGCCAGCUUUGUGGUCUGCAUCCUUGCUAUCCGAACCGUCCGGGCCUUCCAGAGCCACGCUGCCAAGGCUCAGCACAGCCCCAAAAGCAGCAUUAGAGACAGAAGCGUCAGAAACCACCAUGCCAUCUACAGGACUCCUGAAAGCUCCCACAAUGUCCAGGCUCUUGCCACGUUAGUGUGA